AUGGUCAAAUUUAGCAUCAUGAAAUAUGUGUUAGCACUGUAUGCAAUAAGCAUUUUAUCUAUCAGAUUUAUUGGUGCACUGUAUUUUGAUUUCGGAAAUCCAUAUGACCUACUCAUCAGCAAUGCUCUUGUCGGAUGCGAUAUGGAUAUGGAUGCCAUUGAGACCGCAGCUAUUAUAUGCCCAAAUCGAGUUAACGAUACAGAAUACGUCUGGCAUCCUCAGCCACGUGCAGGUAAUCACACUAGUAUUUAUACAUAUGUAAGUGGUAAUGACACGCUUGAUUCCGUUCCUAUUUCGGAAGUGGUGCGAUCCGAAUCUGUAAAUGCAGUCUUAUGGUUCAAAUUUAAAGUUUCACAAACGGAACUGCAUUAUACAAAGGAAUUUGAUCAGUUGAUUACUGUUACCAAACACCGUUUGAUGUUCAUAUGCGGACCGCGAGAUAUGGUUUUGAGUGAUGAACUGCAGCGCCACCUGGAACAACUUGAUAGCUUCAACGAAGUGCAAGCGUUCCCAUGGGUUCCUGGUACAUCACUGACUCAGGAAAUAUCAAAGAUAGGAAGCGGUUUGGGAGUGUUCUAUUUACAUAGAAGGAACAUGUACCUACCACUUCAGGGCUGCGGCAGCCGGCCUUCACCGCUCUUCGAUCCGGAUAUGGAAGUGACUCUGGAUCCUGUCACAUACACACGUUCUUGCACGGCGGAUCCUAUGUCAGAAACACGGAUUGCAUUUGUUUGCGAAGGCCUAAUUGAACCUGACGGUUGCAUGAAAUCUCUCAUUAACCAGAAUGACCAAGUUGUGCCCGCCCCCGAACCACAGUCAUAUUGGACUUUUAAUAAACGUGGAAAAUGGAUAAUAUCAUCAUAUUUUGAUGGACUGGCAUUACCGUCCUUUCAUGGCGAAUGCCGAUGCAUAGAUCCUUGGACUGGUCACGUAAAAGCUAGGAUAGAGAUUCGUCCGAAAACCGAAUACAGUUGUGACAUUGCAAGCAUGCUUUUACGCAAUGGUAUUCGCUCUAUCCCUGGCACUUGGUGCUCCGUCAUCCUCCAUCCGGGGAGCACCUUGACCAUACGGUUGCCCACAGACGGCGUAGAUUCGGGGUCUGGUGAGGAUUUGCCGCAACUAUUACCUAAAGACUUGACCACACUGAGACAACUGAAAUCAUUACGUGACAUCGAUCUAUACGACGAAAUCCCGCGUCACCAAGCCCUCGCCGGGGAUGCCCUAGAGUUGGAUGUUUCACAAAUGGACCGUGGAGAGGUAAAAUUGAAGUACCAUUUGGGCAAACCACUCACAUUGAUAGGGGGGUUAAACUCAUUUGUAUAUCAUUGGAAUUUGAAAUCAACGAACGAGUAUCUCCUGGAAAGAAUACGUGCAACAGUUAAUGUCUCAUUUGCAUUUACCCACGAGUACGAAAUGUUUGGUUGCGACCGACGGACGCCGGGUGUCUUUCACUCAUUCGCUAGCGAAGAAUACUGUUCAACCAAAUUGAUGGGAAAUGGUAUUGGCCCUACGUAUGAAUGCGUAUGUGAUAUGUCUUUAGACAGCGGGCAGGCCGGUAUUUACUGCAGACCCGACGAGGUGCUGCUGCCGGAAAACUGUAAGUCUAGAAUGUACGACAUCUUCUCCAAUCAGAUUACGCCAAUGCCUAAAUCCAUGAAAAAUGUGACACUUCAAUCCAUCUCAGGAUUUCAAGUAAUCCAACAUAAAUCUGAAAGCUAUAUCCCUCUCAGUUAUGCUUGUAUGUGUAUCAAUGAAUAUGGAUAUGAAACCUCAAGGCUUUUGCUUGAGAAUAACCGUUACGAAAGCCAAGAGUACACGGUAGAUCGUGAAGAGGCGUCUAUCACGUCUAUACCAUACAUAGUAUUACCUUGGAAUGAGGUUGAAGUAUCCAGUGAAGACUUGACAAAGGACAAACAUCUUGUACUAUACAACAUACAUCAAAAGUCGGUAAAACUGCGUGUUGGAACAACGUUAAGCAUGACUUGUGCUUUUGGUCGAGACGCGCAAAACUACGUUGCAAACAACAGUGACAUAACAACAACAUGGCUUCCCGUACAGCCUGAAGUAUUCCAUUACGUUCUCACUGAGACAACACAUGGAGAUGGGUUGAUUCGUAAAGCGUACAAAGAUGCCAUCCUCACUACACCUGAUGGGUUUUCUGUUGUGCUCUAUGAUGAUCCUUCUCAAGAAAAUCAACAUUUAAUAAUAGAAUCGCAUAGAGGCGCUAUUCUGAUAUCAAAAGAUCCACUACACAAGAAAUUGGUGCCAAUGGCAUUCGUGUGCGGGAAGGCGCCCGAACCAUCGGAUUUUUCAGUUAUCACUCACGACAUGACUGCAUCGGACUCAUCAUCAGAUUCCAUAUCGCAGACCACAAUAUGGCCGGAAAGGUACACGUGGAAUGUGGUUGAAGUUGCUGUCGAAAUGACGGACCCCUACAUGCAGGGCUGCGGUGUUACGUCCUCAUUGGAUGAGUUGUUCAAGCCUGAAACACCCCUAAUCUACAAUGAGAAAGGAGAAGACAGCGGUUGCAAGAUAGACCUUCAGACUGCGGGUGAGGCAGCGUUCUAUUGCCCAGUACCGUACGUCCUGGACCCACCCGGUUGCUUCAACCAAGUCUCGGUGAACGGUGAAGUGAAGAACUUGAGUGACAUCAGCCAGUCUUUGGUAGCAUCACAUUCCAAUCACUUCGUAACCGUGCGUCUAUAUAGUUCACUUGCAGGACCAUACGAGACCCUGCGCCAGACCCCGCCGUUGGAGUGCCGAUGUGUCACCAUCAAGGGCAUCGUGCUGUCUACCAUCCAGAUCGAGAACUACUACUCCAAGUAA